AUGAUUAUUGAAGACGAAGGUCGGGCGAUUUGUGAGUAUGAUGAGAAUGCAUCUUGGGGGAACACUGUCCCGGUUGAUCCCCCACAACAGGAUUUAAACUCGUUCUCGCUAACAAACGACUUCACGCAUGCAAACCUCCAACAAGAUUUGGUAGAACAUAUUUGGAACAACGUUAACAUGGUGGACGAUCCAUCUGAUCCAAUUGGAAGUUUAAUUGAUUUUGUUUAUCCAUCAAUCUUGGAAAACGUAGACGCCCGUAACUAUUUCAGUGACCGGGCCAUACUUGCACCUAAAAAUGAAGUUGUUCAUGAGAUUAAUGACAGGUUGCUAGCAAUGUUUCCUGGUGAAGAAAAAGAGUAUCUUAGCUCUGACAGUCUUUGUCCGUCUGAAGAUGUAAAUUCUACACAACAAAGACUUUACUCUCCGGAUGUGCUCAAUGGUCUUAAAAUAUCUGGCCUACCAAAUCAUAGGUUAGUCCUUAAAGUUGGUGUUCCAGUGAUGUUAUUAAGAAAUAUUGAUCAACGGAAUGGAUUGUGCAACGGUACAAGGCUACAAGUAAAAAAGCUGCACAACCGUGUAAUAGAAGCGAAGAUAAUAUCUGGUUCAAAUAUUGGUACUUGCACAUAUAUCCCUCGAUUAAACUUGAUACCUUCUGAUAAAAAGAUUCCCUUUUCUUUUCAAAGCAGGCAAUUUCCACUAGCCGUAUGUUUUGCGAUGACCAUCAACAAAAGUCAAGGCCAAUCUCUUUCAAGAGUAGGUUUGUACCUCAAACAACCGGUCUUCUCUCAUGGUCAGUUGUAUGUUGCCUUAUCAAGGGUGAAAACAAGAAAUGGUGUCAAUAUACUCAUACUUGACAACAACGGAAAACCUACGGAUAAAACAACUAAUGUGGUGUACAAAGAGAUAUUCAACGAAUUGUGA